AUGUCUUCAAAUGUGUUGAAGUCAGGUGAAGGGCACUACAUCAAUAUUUUGAGCAGUGACUGGGAGCCCAAUAGCCAUGAAACCAACCUCCUGGAGAUCGCCGCCAAGCCUUUCUUGAGGAAAUGGGGCUACAGCUUGAUCGCAGACCUUCUAGGUUUUGGCAUCUACUAUCACUGCAAUCCUGUGAGCCCAGACGCGCAAGGGUUGCGAUCUAUUGCAAGUUGGGUAGACGCAGGCCUCAUAAAGCCGGUUGUUGAUCGCUCCUUCGGCCUUGACGAAGUAGCAAAAGCCCAUGAAUAUUUGGAGAAGGGCCAUGCAACAGGGAAAGUGUCCCGCGCGAGAAAGAGCGACUAUCCUCAACCGCUCUCUCGAUCUCCCUCUCCAGACGUGCAGUCUGAACGGAGCUGGGCAAAUUCCCCGAUUCGCUCCCAAGACCACAAUUGUCAAAGUAGGACAACCACCGAAGUUGCCGCUGAGAGGCCACGGAGAAAGGGUGGGCAAGUGCUUUUAAACUUAUCACACAGUGAUUAUGAGGUUGUGGCACAGGUAGCAGAAGACCGUGGCUGGCGCGUGGUAAAGUGUGAGGAGAAGGCAGCAGUGUGCAAUGUUCAUUGGAUAGAUGAUGCCAACAUUGGUGACUGGAUCCGAAAGGUGGAGCCGUGGAUGCGUAUCAAUCACUUUCCAGGCAUGAACAAUGCCCUUGCGCGGAAAACCCGGUUGGCAAGGAAUAUGGCAAGAAUCCAGCGUAUGUUUCCAGCUGCAUACAAAUUUGUGCCGCCGACCUGGGUCAUCCCCGAUGAUUUCCCUGACUUGGAGAAGAGAUUUGGUGACAACCCGGAGUCAAAGGUCUUCUAUAUUGUCAAGCCAGACCACCUUUGCCAGGGACGGGGCAUAUUCCUCACCACGGAACUGGAGCGCCUGCGACAGGCUUCGGAUGACAGUCGCAAGAAGAACGAGGCCACAGUGGUUCAAAGAUACCUUUCCAGGCCUAUGCUCAUUGAGGGCUUAAAGUUUGACUUGCGGCUUUACUUCCUCAUCGCUGCCAAAAAGGCCAGCGGUGAAAGUGGACUUGAUCUCCGCUGCUUCCUUUUCCGGGAUGGAUUGGUUCGGCUUUGUACAACUCCAUACCAACCACCCACGGCAGAGACAAGGAACGAAAAAUGCAUGCAUUUGACAAACUAUGCUGUCAACAAAAACAGCGAGAACUUUCAGCAGAACGAUGGCGAGGAUGAUGGAGCUGGUAGCAAACGGUCUUUAAGGUGGUUCAUGUCGUACGUUGGCGAGACAUUUGGAGAGAAGGAAAGACGAAAGCUCUGGCUAAAACUCAUGGAAUCCACCAAGCGAUCUCAGGACUGGUCACUGCAACUAAAGUUUAUGGCUGCGGACCAUUUGAAACUGCCUGUUUCUGCCCUUUGCGCGCGAUCAGAGAAUGCCGGCCUCAGCAAAGGGCGCAUGGAUGAUUCGAUUCGGACUAGAGACACAAAGAGGACAAAUCACACAACACACUCUGGGCUGCCACCCCUUAGCAGACAGUCCAGGUCACAUAUGUCAACAGCAUCUUCAGUCCCGUCAGUGCUGGCUCCGAUGCCAACUACACGCAGCUUGAGCUCUGUUCCAGAAACGCAAGGGCUCCUGGAGAACCAUUAUGUCAUGACCAGGGAGUUAGGUAAGGGUUCCUACGGAGUGGUAUACUGUGCGCGGCACAGGAGAAGUGGAGAACAAAGGGCUUUGAAGUCCAUCCAGAUCAACAAACUAGAGGAGCCAGGACAUUUCAAGGAUGAACUCGAGAUUGCAAAGCAGUUGAAUCACCCGUACGUUGUAAAAUUGUAUGAAGUUUUUCAAACAGGUGAGUGCGUGCACUUGGUCAUGGAACUUUGCAGUGGUGGCACUUUGGCAGACAUGAUGGAGUCUGCCAAUGCCGCUGCUGUGAAGGAAAGCGGCUUAGGAGCACGGGCCAAGUGGUCUGCAGAAGUGAUUGGUAGAUUCAUGUGGCAGAUGCUUUGCGGCGUGUGCUACCUGCAUCACCACAGAAUCAUCCAUCGGGAUAUUAAACCAGAGAACUAUCUGGUUCAGAGAAAGGGAGAAUUGAUGCUUUUGAAGCUUGCAGACUUUGGGCUUGCUUGUAAUUUCAAGAAAGGCCGACCUUUGAAGGAGAUGCUUGGGACACCAUGCUACGUCGCACCUGAGGUUCUCUUGGGAAGAUAUGAUGAGCGUUGUGAUGUGUGGAGCAUCGGCGUAGUUUCCUUUGUACUAUGCACAGGUCAUCAUCCUUUUGCUUUCAGCAACGCUGACACUGCAAAGGUUGUCCUUCAGAGAAUCAAGGCAAACGAAAUGGACGCCCGGGACGCUCAAUGGAAUGAAGUUCACGAUGAGGCCAGAGACCUUGUCUUCAAAAUGAUGCAACGAGACCCAGAAGAACGACCACGAGCAAAGCGUAUCCUUGCAGGGAGCACAUGGCUGCAGCAGUUCGAUGUACCCGACAGGUCAGAGUCGGUGCAGAGAAACAAUGGCUGCUGCGUUGUCAGCUAG